AUGUCUGCACCGCAAAUCCCAAACUUGUUGACCUCACGGGGCGGCCCACGUUCUCAUAGUGGUCGUGGAAGAGGCAGUUCGCGAUUCGGAGGCAUUGGGGAAGCCAGCGGACAUGGCGCUCAGCGGAAAGAUCUAGCUAUCCAGUCGACAGAUACAGAUGCAGCAGUCUCGAGGCUGAGCGCCGUUUCUCUAGGUUAUCUCGAAGAUCCUUUUGCUUCUCUAUUCGUUGCUGGGGAGGGAACACGGCGGAUGCCAAUAAUAAAUCGAGGAACGUACACUCGCACAACAGCUCUCGAUAUCCUCAUCAAUGCCUUCCUCUGUCAAUCCGAAUCUGUUGCAAAGGCUCAAAAGAAACAAAUAAUAUCGCUAGGUGCAGGAACCGAUACACGAUACUUCCGCCUGCGAAGCAAAAACAAACAUCACAACCUCAUAUAUCACGAAUUCGACUUUCCUUCGGUCGCCACAACAAAGUCAAAGACAGUAUCCAAUAACAAUUUAUUACUAAACACCAAGGAGGAAGUCCUCUUCCCAGAUUUCAAGAGCCCCACAGCUGGACUGCCACGACAGGAUACAGACUGGGGUGUUAAGUCGACUGGGAUCGGAGAAUCAGAAGUUACAUAUUGCUGCCAUCCUAUGGAUCUACGGCAGCUGUCACAGUUGAAAAAUGGAAAAGAUAUAAAAGGCCUACGAACAGAUAUCCCGACACUCAUAAUAUCAGAAUGCUGCUUAUGUUACCUGGAUGUGGCCACUGCCCGAGAUAUUGUGACGUGGUUCACCAACCGGAUACCUUCAGCUGGAAUUGUACUAUACGAACCCAUCAGUGUCGAUGACGCGUUUGGACAAGUAAUGGUAUCAAAUUUAGCUUCCAGAGGUAUUUCAAUGCCAACUCUGCAGCAUUACAAGACACUUGCAGAUCAGAAGGCUCGGUUGCUAGAGCUUGGAUUCAGGGGAGAUGGCCAAGCAGGUGGCCAAGCAGCCGAGACUAUCGAAAAUAUCUGGCAGAAAUGGGUACCGACUACGGAAAAGGGCCGAGUGGAUAGGUUGGAAGGAUUGGAUGAAGUUGAGGAAUGGCAAAUGUUAGCGAGGCAUUACGCUGUUGUCUGGGGUUGGAGAGGCAAUACUGGAUGGGAAGGCUGGAGGGAACUUCGAGGAGCAUGA